UUGAACCAGCCUAUUUCCGAACCAUCGAACGACCAGUAUACAUUUCCCCUUUUCCAACAAUAAUUUAAUGGCUGUGACCGGACCCCCACCAUGUUCUGUUAACCGGUGACUCCAAUCAUUCCUCCCCUUUGUGGCCUCAGAAGACGAAGAAGAAGAAGAAGAAGAGUAGGUGACGAUGACGAAGCCACCACCGACGUCAAAGACGGCAGAGCUGGACGCGCCGCUCCAUGCCAUCGGCUUCGAGAUCGACGUCGUCUCCGCAACGAGGGUCAACGGCCGGCUUACCGUCACCGAGUCCUGCUGCCAGCCGUUCAAGGUGCUCCACGGAGGGGUAUCGGCGCUGAUAGCGGAGGCGCUGGCCAGCAUGGGGGCGCACGUCGCCUCCGGGUACCGGCGGGUGGCGGGCAUCCAGCUCAGCAUCAACCACCACCGCAGCGCCCGCGCCGGUGACCGCGUCUUCGCCGAGGCCACCCCUCUCCAACCCGGCAAAACCAUACAGGUGUGGGAGGUGCGUCUAUGGAAGAUGGAUCAGUCCACCUUAGAAAAGGCGGUCUUGAUGUCCUCAUCGAGGGUUACACUGCUGUCAAAUAUGCCCGUACCAGAUGAUGCACAAGAUUCAGUGGAAAACUUGAAGAAAUAUGCUAGGUUAUGAGCAAUUGAUAACACGUACAAGCGGGAACAAUUUGGCUAAUAGAUAUAUUUCUUUCUGCUGAGCACUCGUUCUCCUCAGCACAAGCUAUUUUAUGCAUGCAACCAGAAUAAGGACAUCUAAAAGGAAAUAUGGACAUGAUGAUGAUAUAUCACUGCUAAGUAUCGUCCUUGUUACUUGUUAUUGUCUUUAUUAUGAAAUGUUAUGUGUUCUUAUAUUUCAUAUAAUCGUUCUCA